UUUCGCGGUCGCGACGGUUGUCUUAAUACUCACGAUCGAAAAUGUGGCUCGUUCUGUAUGUUUUUCUGGCGCUCCCACUGCUGGUGGUCGCCUAUCUGGAGUUGACCACGUUCCGCCGGAGGAGAGUGCUAAAUAAGUUCAAGGGACCCAGUGGCCUGCCCCUCGUGGGAAACGCCCAUCAAAUGGGCAAGAAUCCCACAGAAAUUCUCGACCAAGUAUUCUCCUGGUGGCAUCAGUUCGGCAAGAAUAACUUUGUCUUCUGGAUCGGAACAUACUCCAAUAUUUUGGUCACUAGUUCCAAGUACCUGGAGUUUAUACUCAGCAGCCAGACGCUGAUUACAAAGUCGGAUAUCUACAAUCUGACGCAUCCCUGGCUGGGAUUGGGACUUCUGACCAGCACUGGCAGCAAGUGGCACAAACACCGCAAGAUGAUCACCCCGGCCUUCCAUUUCAACAUCCUGCAGGACUUUCACGAGGUGAUGAACGAGAACUCGAACAAGUUCAUCAAGCACUUGAAGAAGGUCGCUGCCGGAGACAGUAUCUUCGACUUCCAGGAUCAGGCUCACUAUCUCACCUUGGAUGUUAUUUGCGAUACAGCGAUGGGGGUUUCCAUCAACGCCAUGGAAAACCGAAGCUCAUCCAUUGUGCAGGCUUUCAAAGAUAUGUGCUACAACAUCAACAUGAGAGCCUUUCAACCACUGAAGCGGAAUGAGUUGCUGUAUCGACUGGCUCCCGAAUAUCCUGCAUACAGUAGAACUCUUAAAACCCUCCAAGACUUUACCAACGAGAUCAUCGAUAAACGCAUUGAGGCUCACAAAUCAGGAUCAGUUUCAGCCAGCCAAGGAGAUGAGUUCUCCCGCAAGAAGUUGGCCUUUCUGGACACCCUGCUGUCCUCCACUAUCGAUGGCCGUCCUCUGAAUUCUAAGGAGCUGUACGAAGAAGUAUCUACCUUCAUGUUCGAGGGACACGAUACCACCACCUCCGGAGUGUCCUUUGCUGUCUAUCUGCUUUCCAGACAUCAAGAUGAACAGCGCAAACUGUUUGAAGAGCAACGAGAGGUGAUGGGCGACUCGGAACUGGGCCGCGAUGCCACCUUCCAGGAAAUCUCCCAAAUGAAGUACUUGGAUUUGUAUAUCAAGGAAGCCCAGCGUGUCUAUCCUAGUGUACCAUUCAUUGGACGAUACACGGACAAGGACUAUGUGAUUGAUGGCGAACUUGUGCCUCAGGGCACCACACUCAACUUGGGUCUCGUGAUGUUGGGCUAUAAUGAGAAGGUUUUUAAGGAUCCCCACAAAUUCCGUCCCGAACGUUUUGAACUGGAGAAACCCGGACCCUUUGAGUAUGUUCCCUUCAGUGCUGGUCCACGAAACUGCAUCGGUCAGAAAUUCGCACUUCUGGAGAUCAAGACCGUGGUUUCUAAAAUCAUUCGGAAUUUCGAGGUUCUGCCCGCUCUGGAUGAACUCGUUUCCAAGGACGGUUAUAUAAACACAACUCUAGGACUGCCCCCAGAUGAGAGGAAGAAGCGCGAUGCAUAUCGUCACAAGUACGACCCGAUUCUGUCCGCUGUUCUGACCCUUAAAUCCGAAAACGGUCUGCAUAUUCGCCUAAGGGAGAGGCACUAAAAUUUAAUUUAAUCGAUCUCGAAGAGAGCUCAGCUUUUUUCUUUGUUAAGUUUGGUGCUUGAAAUUAGUCCACCCUAUUUUGCUUUGUUUCAGUCUACAGAAACAAUUAUUAAAUAACUGCUAAUGAGGGAAAGCAAAACCAAUAAAUAAAUCAAAAACAAAGUUUCAAAAA